ACAAAAGGGUAGAGUAAUUUCUAAAAAGUACUACACAUGAACAAGAUGUUGAUGAAACAGUUCUCACUUCUGCUGCUGCUACAGCUGACUUGCUACUUUAGCUCUGGGAGGUGUGGAAAUGUGCUGGCAUGGCCUGUGGAAUAUAGUCACUGGAUUAAUAUGAAGGCAAUUCUGGAGGAACUUGUCACCAGGGGUCAUGAGGUGACUGUUCUGAUAUCUUCAGCUUCCAUUUUUAUAGAUCCCAGCAAACCAUCGGCUAUUAAAUUUGAGAUUUACCCUGCAUCUGUAACUAAAGAGGAAUAUGAGAAUUUUUUCAUGCAUUUUUUCGGAGAAUGGACGUAUUUGGAAAAAAAUUCAUUUUGGACAUAUUUUCCAGCAAUGAUAAGAAUAAUAAGGAAAUAUUUUGAAAUUUCAUUGAAGUUCUGUAAAGAUCUUGUUUCAAACAAGAAACUUAUGACAAAACUACAAGAAUCAAGGUUUGAUGUCAUUCUGGCAGAUGCCGUUGGACCUGGUGGUGAGCUGCUGGCUGAAAUACUGAACAUACCUCUAGUGCACAGCCUCCGUUUCUAUCCUGGCUAUGCAAUGGAAAAGCACGGUGGAAAACUUCCAUUCCCACUGUCCUACGUACCUAUUAUCAUGUCAGAACUUAGUGAUCACAUGACAUUCAUGGAGAGGGUAAAAAAUAUGAUACAUGCACUUUAUUUUGACUUUUGGUUCCAAGCAAUUAAUGAGGAGUGGAGUCAGUUUUAUAGCGAAGUACUGGGAAAGCCCACUACAUUAUUUGAGGCAAUGGGGAAAGCUGACAUUUGGCUCAUACGAACCUAUUGGGAUUUGGAAUUUCCUCGCCCACUGCUACCAAAUUUUGAUUUUGUUGGAGGCCUCCACUGCACACCUGCCAAACCCCUGCCUAAGGAAAUGGAAGAAUUUGUCCAGAGUUCUGGAGAAAAUGGUAUUGUGGUGUUUUCUUUGGGGUCAAUAAUCAGGAACCUAACAGAAGAAAGAGCCAAUAUAAUUGCAUCAGCCCUUGCCCAGAUUCCGCAAAAGGUUCUGUGGAGAUACAAUGGCAAGAAACCAGAUACCUUAGGACCCAAUACUCGGCUGUAUAAGUGGAUCCCCCAGAAUGACCUUCUUGGUCAUCCAACCAAAGCUUUCAUAACUCAUGGUGGCACCAAUGGCAUUUAUGAAGCCAUCUACCACGGGGUCCCUAUGGUGGGCAUUCCUCUGUUUGCUGAUCAGCCUGAUAACAUCGCUCACAUGACAGCCAAGGGAGCAGCUGUCAGAUUGGACUUGAAAACAAUGUCAAGAACAGAUUUGGUCAAUGCAGUGAAGCAAGUCAUUAAUAAUCCUUUCUACAAAGAAAAUGUGAUGUGGUUAUCAACCAUUCAACAUGAUCAACCUGUAAAGCCCCUGGACCGGGCAGUCUUCUGGAUUGAGUUUGUCAUGCGCCACAAAGGAGCCAAGCACCUGCGGCCAGCAGCCCACGACCUCACCUGGUACCAGUACCACUCUCUGGAUGUGAUUGGGUUCCUGCUGGCCUGUGUGGCAUCUUCUAUUUUCCUUGUAACAAAAUGUUUCUUAUUUUGCUGUCAGAAGUUUGUUAAGACAGGAAAGAAGAAAAAAGAGUAGAGUUUGAGACCCAGGGGUAGUAGGCAUGAAAGGUAUGAUUAUUCCAUGUAAUUCAACCACUGUGAAGCAAUAUGUCACAAAAAUUUCCUUCGCAUUUAAAAAGACCCAUGCUUUCUUGAUUUCCAAAGAUUUACUCUUGGUUAAACAUAUAGGGUUAGCUAAUCCAUUAAUUCCUAAGGAUGGAAAUAAUCUUAUGUAUUUUUUGAUAAAUACUUCAGUAUUUCUCUUGAAACGGUCACUUCAAUUCAUCAAACCAAAGAAAAAAAUUAUUUAUAUUCAAUUUACAAUUCCGAUAUUAUAAAUCUUUAAAUUAUCAGUCCUAUCUUCAAUUCUGACUUAUGUAUAAUUUCAUAACUCUGAAAAAAAAAAUAAGACCAACCAGAACCUCAGUUUGUUGAUUUAAGUAAGAUUGAUCAGCCUGGGAGUUCCUGCUGUGAUUCAGUUGUAACAACCUGACUAGGAUCCAUGAGGACUCAGGUUUGAUCCCUGGCCUUGUUCAGUGGGUUAAGGAUCCGACAUUGCCGUGAGCUGUGGGGUAGGUUGCAGAUGUGGCUGGGACCCUUGUGGCUGUGGCUGUUGCAUAGGCUGGUAGCUGAGCUCCAAUUCUACCCCCAGCCUGGCACUUUCAUAGGCUGCAGGUCAGGCCCUAAGAAGACCAAAAAAAACAAAAACAAAAGCAAAAACAACCAAAAAAAAGAGAGAGAGAGAAAGAAGACUGAGCAGCCUGUUUUACUAUGGAUUCUUCAGAAACAUAUUCUGCAUAAAUAAAUGCAAUCAAAUGAAUAUAUUUCUCAUUGUCAAAGAAAAACAGAGCCAAAAAGCUUAUGAAAGGCUGCAAGACAAAUUUUAUUCAAACUGCUGAGGAGGGGAUAGAGAGAUUCCAGUGUCAACUGAGGUUCAACUCCAAUUAAGACAAAAGUGACCUAAGUUUUUAAAGUGAGAACAGAUAGGGAACAAAAAGAGACUGUGAGGGCAAUUAAAACAGAGAACAAAAAAUGGACAAGGCGGGCUAUGGAGAAAUGGAAAAUUAGAAAAAGGGUAGGCAGAAAAGUUACUGAAAUGGUUUGGCAAGGUGAGUUAGGGUACAUUUUGUAGUUUGGCAGGAUCACAUUUUCUUGGGCAAAGAUUCAGCAUGAGGGCUGGGGUCAUCUUUAGAGCGAAGGUAAACCUAGUUUAGGUGGAAGUCAAGUUAAAGUUUGGGCAAGUCUCUUGGCACAGUGCUUAGCCACACCCUUUGUUCUGUAUAGGUGUAUAGAUUUCAGAACCUUCAUGAGGCUCAAAACAUUCCUUCAUGUCAAUUUCUGUGCUUCAGAAAUUCUGAAUGGUCCUAACUUGUUUGCUAUCUGAAACCUUGCAGAAAGUAAAAUCUGUAGUUUAAAAGAGUAAAGAUUGUUUCCACACACAAGGCCUUAAAUAUGCCCAAAUUAUUGUUCUCCCUUUAUAAUAACCCUUUGUAACUGGAUAGUUAUACACAAAAUAAAUGCAGAGAGUAGCAAUGAUAGGUUGGGCUCUGCAAGUUUAGUCCAGUCCCUCUGGAUUACAAUCUUUCAAGAUAUCCUUCCUCCUGAAAUAAAAGCUUCAAUUUCUUUAACUUGUCAAGUAAGAGCCUUCCAACUCCUUCAACACCUGGAAAACUGAGAAUCAUAGUGAGAAGCAUAUAUUUACUUGAUUCUUCCAUCUCAUCACUUAGAUAAAUAAACUGCCAGAUGGAAUAAAGA